CUGUUAUUGAGGAUGGAUCAUCAUGUAUUGUAAACAAUCGCCAAAUGAACUAUAGCUCAAUGCUUAAUAGAAUUAUUCCGAUUUUAUUCUUAAGAAUGAAUGGUCUUUUCGUUAUAUUCAUUAUAUGUAUUCUGAUAAUUCGUUUGGAUGCUUCUUUUGCACCGGGUCAUCUACAUAUAAGACAAGCCAAUAAUACCAACAGUCCAGCACCUACUGCGGUAGGACAUGCGUGUCCCACGACGCCAGUUGUUUUUACAACAACUGUGAAUUCAAGUACAUCAACGACAUUUACAUCGGUAUCAACUGUCACUGGCUCAACUACUUCAUUUGUUACCUUUACAGGUGCACAAGCAAUACCCAGCGCAACUACAGCUACUCUUCCUGCAAUAGAUUUUAACAGUAAAUUAAUACCGCGCAAUGAAACAAUACCAUAUGAAGCUUUUAAA